UUAAACUAUGAUGGUUUGAAAAGGAGGGAAUAAUUAUAAACCGUACGAUCCAAUCCCUUUUCAUUUAUAAACCUUGAGAAGGAAUUGAUAUUUUUCUCACUCUCUCACUCUCUCACUCUCACUCGCUCACUCUUUCUCUCUCCUCUCAUUUCGUUACUAUUCGCUUGAUAUUCAGUCAGUUUUAAUUUAGGGAAAAUGAGAGAAAUCCUUCAUGUCCAGGGUGGUCAGUGUGGUAACCAGAUUGGAUCUAAAUUUUGGGAGGUUGUAUGUGACGAGCAUGGCAUUGACCCCACUGGAAGAUAUGUUGGUACAUCAGACUUGCAAUUGGAGCGUGUCAAUGUCUACUACAAUGAGGCUUCAUGUGGAAGAUUUGUUCCUCGUGCUGUGCUGAUGGAUCUUGAGCCUGGUACCAUGGAUGCUGUCAGAACUGGUCCAUAUGGUCAGAUCUUUCGCCCCGACAACUUUGUUUUCGGGCAGUCUGGUGCUGGUAACAAUUGGGCCAAGGGUCAUUACACUGAAGGUGCUGAGCUUAUUGACUCAGUUCUCGAUGUUGUGAGGAAGGAAGCUGAGAACUGUGACUGUUUGCAAGGAUUCCAAGUGUGCCACUCUUUGGGUGGAGGAACAGGUUCUGGUAUGGGUACUUUGUUGAUUUCCAAGAUCAGGGAGGAGUAUCCCGAUAGGAUGAUGCUUACCUUUUCAGUUUUUCCAUCACCUAAGGUUUCAGACACCGUGGUUGAGCCAUACAAUGCUACCCUCUCUGUUCACCAACUUGUUGAGAAUGCAGAUGAGUGUAUGGUGUUGGACAAUGAAGCACUUUAUGACAUUUGUUUCAGGACUCUGAAGCUCACCACACCCAGCUUUGGUGAUCUUAACCAUUUGAUCUCUGCCACCAUGAGUGGUGUCACUUGCUGCCUCCGAUUUCCUGGUCAAUUGAACUCUGACCUUCGCAAGCUUGCCGUGAACUUGAUCCCUUUCCCCCGUCUCCACUUUUUCAUGGUUGGGUUUGCCCCCUUGACUUCACGUGGAUCCCAGCAGUACCGUGCCCUAACUGUCCCUGAGCUCACCCAACAAAUGUGGGAUGCUAAAAACAUGAUGUGUGCUGCUGACCCCAGGCAUGGACGGUACCUCACUGCCUCAGCCAUGUUUCGAGGCAAGAUGUCCACCAAGGAGGUAGAUGAGCAGAUGAUCAACGUCCAGAACAAGAACUCAUCCUACUUUGUUGAGUGGAUCCCCAACAAUGUGAAGUCAAGUGUUUGUGACAUCCCACCCCGUGGUUUGAGCAUGGCCUCAACCUUCAUCGGUAACUCAACUUCCAUCCAAGAAAUGUUCAGGAGGGUGAGUGAGCAAUUCACAGCUAUGUUUAGGAGGAAGGCUUUCUUGCAUUGGUACACUGGUGAAGGUAUGGAUGAGAUGGAGUUCACCGAGGCUGAGAGCAACAUGAAUGAUCUUGUAUCGGAAUACCAGCAGUACCAGGACGCCACUGCUGAUGAUGAAGGUGAGUAUGAAGAUGAGGUGUCUGAUCAAGAAGAGGUUUAAGAAUGAGAGCUUUUUAGCAAGUCUGCUUGGAUAAAUUCGCAACCUCGUGUAAGUUUGUGUGUUUACUAUCAGAUGAUUUGUAUGUAUAAUGUGGAAAAGAAGGGGGAUAUGUGAUAAGCUGUGGAAAGUAUUUGGUCAUAUUAUGUCUUACUAGCUUUGUUAUUUCUGGUAUGUAGUCAUAUUUGAUAUUAUUACAUGGUUUGAUGUUGCUAUGUCCAAUUUACUUUCUGGGAGUAGUUUGUUUUAAUGGCCUUUAGGUUA